GCGGGAGAAAGGGCGGAAGGCCAGAGUGUUGCGUUAGGUGUGCGUACGGCUGUUCGUUUCCCGGGAGGAGUUGCUUUUUCGGCGUGUAGACCUCCUCUUUUCGCGCGGAGGACUCUGCUUUCGUCGCACCUCCCAGGCUCUUUACGUUGUUGCUUGGGAGCGUCAGCUUUGAGCCAGGGCGCGCGCCCAUUUCAGCGGAAAAGACUAAAGAUUAGAUUGGAAGAAAAGAGAGUAGAAGCCAUGUUUCGAAGACCUGUAGUACAGGUGCUUCGCCAGUUUGUAAGACAUGAGUCUGAAGUAGCUAGCAGUUUGGUUCUCGAGAGAUCUCUGAAUCGCGUGCAGUUGCUUGGUCGUGUAGGUCAGGACCCUGUCAUGAGACAGGUAGAAGGAAAAAACCCAGUCACAAUAUUUUCCCUAGCAACAAAUGAGAUGUGGCGAUCAGGGGAAAACGAAACCUACCAAAUGGGUGAUGUCAGUCAAAAGACAACAUGGCAUAGAAUUUCAGUGUUCCGACCGGGCCUCAGAGAUGUGGCGUAUCAGUAUGUGAAAAAGGGGUCUCGAAUUUUUGUGGAAGGGAAAGUAGACUAUGGUGAAUAUACGGAUAAAAAUAAUGUGAGACGACAAGCAACAACAAUUAUAGCUGAUAAUAUUAUAUUUCUGAGUGACCAGAUGAAAGAGAAGCCGUAGACUGGAGGAUUCUUCUCUGGCCGGUGUUUGGUACAGUCUCAUUUCCAAAUCAUGCUAGUGUUUAUAGUUCCUAAGGACAAGAAUUAAAAUACUCUUCGUUAUAAAA